CUAUGUCUAUAUCAAUGCCCGGCCACAGACCCUUUCUUCUCUCAUGUCAUCCCCUUCAUUCGGCACACACAUACAUAUAUAUAGAUAUAUAGAUAUUACUGAUCAGUCAUAUUAUAUACACACACACACACACACACACAUUCAUCCAUUCAUCAGAGACGAUCAAAUUAAAGGGUUUCACAUAAUGAUCAGGUUAAGGCCCAAGAGGUUUUCUCGAAGCAGCUCCAAGGGAGGAGGAGGAGGAGGAGGAGGAGGAACUGCCACGGCCACCACCGCGGGCGAGAUCAAGUGGGAGCUGAGGCCGGGAGGGAUGCUGGUUCAGAAAAGAGAUCACAGAAAAAACGACCAAAAAGGAGAAGAGGAGGUGAUCAAAAUUAGGGUUUCUACGGUCUCUCAUCAUCACUGCAGGCAUCACGAUAUAACAAUCCACCCAACUUGUACAUUCGGGGAGGUGAAGAUGGUGCUGUCGUUGGUGACAAAUGUGGAGGCGAAAGAGCAGAGGGUGUUGUACAGAGGGAAGGAAAGGGAAGACGAUGAACACCUGCACAUGGUUGGGGUUAAGGACAAGGACAAGCUUCUCAUGCUCGAGAUGGAUCCCCACCGCAACCCAAACCCAGACCCGAACCCGAACCUCCACCCCAUGACCCACUUUGCCCUCCGCUAUCACUCUCUACCUAAUUAAUUAAACUACCUGCAGCAGCAGCAGUACCCACCCCUACCCCUACCCCUACCCCAAACCUCUUAACUCUAAUCUCUUCGUAUACAUAUAGUAUAAAACUCGUUAUGUACCAAGUUGGCCUUAAUUGGGUACCGUACGUACUGCCAUUGCUGACCGAUCAUACCACCAUUACUAAUUAACGUUCUCAAUAUAUAUCAAAUUAUAUAUAUAUAUAUGUAUGUAUGUAUGUAUGUAUGUAUACACAUAAUAUAUAUACCAACCCAGUUUGGUGUUUGGGUGUGGUAACUAAUUACAUACGUCGUCGUCCAUUAGUUUGUCGGUUGGGGCUUACUAAAUGCAAAGAUGUAUGUAUAUAUAUGCAUGUACGUCCAAGUUAUGACUCUGGAAUUAUUACUAUGUUAUCAGCAGUUUUGACUACUGUUGUUGAGUUUUGUUUUUUUUGCCAAAAUAUAAAUUAUGUAUAUGC